AUGGCUUGUGGAGCAACUCUAAAACGACAUCACGAAUUCGAUGCUUUGUUAGGGUCACCUGGUGGCUGUUCCCCAAAAAGAACCUGCCUAAAUUAUGAUAUCUUCAAUAGUGAUGAUUCUAACUCGCAGUUGUACAACCAGCAAUCAAAUAGUCAGGCAUUCAUAGAUGCAGCUCAUAAACUCAAUAAUGAGCGCCUGUCAGCAAAGCUGCACCAGAACAGCCUUCAUUUAUCUCCCUCUCAUUUCUCACCAUCUUCACCAUUGUCCAGUUUAAAGAGAUCAAGCGCAUUCAAUACACGCACCUCAAAGAUUAACACCAAUGGAGAAAUAGAUGAUAUUGAUAAUGAUGACGAUGUGGAAGGGAAUGCCAUCAAAAAAAUCUUAAUUGAUGCCACGGCAGCAACAGCUUUUAGUAAAUCCCCAUCAACAUUUCAAUCUACAUCAUCACUUACUUCGCCGUCGUUCAUCUAUCCGUCUUUGUCAUCUCCACAGACUCCGCUGUCUACAAAAUGCAAAACUGAAAUUAGACAGGCAGAAAGGCUAAUGAUGUCUGAGAUAGCUCCUGUUAAUUUACUUAACCUCUACAGAACAGCUCAAAAAUCAGUGAUGGGAAAUCAGAAAAACGUGGAUGAACUUAAAAAUAAGACAGUCUCGCUUAAAACGGUUGACUUCAUUAGGAAUGCAAUCCUUGAGGAACAUGAGACUAAAGUGAAAGAGUUGUUUGACAAAAUUCUUGCUGAUAAACUAUCUGAGCAAUAUGAAUCACUUGUGAAGUUCAACAAUGAUCAGAUUAGUAGAAAGUUCAGAAUGGCUGGCUGCAUAAGUGGCUACAAUAGGAAUAACUUUUUGCCACCACCGUCGUUUGGUAAUGCUUAUUCCUUCAACGUUGACUCUAACAAUUCUUGUUACAACUCUGUUGAUGAGAUCAGUGAGGAGUAUUUUCACUGCAGUUAUCGCUGCAUUUUCGGCAUUAUUCAACUUGUAGUUGAGUUUCUCAAUUUCAAAAUUGAGAAACUCAACUACAAGUUGAACAGUGAUCUUUAUAAAUAA